AUGGCGUUUCAGAGAAGACAGUGGGAGGCAGCCAGAUUGAGCGAGGAAGUAGAUCUGUCAGAAGAACUCGAUCCUGCUCCAUUUCAUCUCGUGAAGAAGACAUCUCUUUACAAGGUCCACUCGAUCUUCUCGAUGUUGCAACUCAGCAUAGCGUAUGUCACUGAAGGAGGCCGACUGAUUGGUGUUGUCGCACUGAGUGACGUACGCCGAGAACUUGAGCGUUCACAGGAGCGAGCUCACAGAGGAAGAGUCUUGGCGUCUCAUGUCCCAUCCUCGAAAGAAAGAAUUCGCAAACCUCCAAAGAAAGUUUCUACGGUUGUUGACAUUCUUACACCGACGCUCGAGGUAAUUGAUCCGAGACUGCGUGCUUUUUCUGCUGAACAAAACACCAUGAGCGGUCACAGUCGACCUCAUUCCCCACAAUCGAGCUACCCGUCGAGGGAUCGAAGUAAAUCCACGCAUGCAGCUUUCGAGAGUGACGACGAGCAUGCAGCAUUUCGUGACAAACCCAGGACAAGCGAGGGUGCACUCCCACAUGACGAGCUAGCCGAAGCUGUUGCUUAUUUGAGGAGGAAAUCUUUAAUCGAUGAUCGAAAGUUCCCGAAGGACAUCAAAAAAAAUAACAAAUGA